AUGGAGUGCGGACUGACUCCUCCCCCGCGUGUCCUCCAGGAGGAGGAGGAGGUUGUCCAGGAGGAGGAAGAGCUGCAGGAGGAGGACCAGCAGGUGAUCGAGACAUGGACGCGAAACAUCAAAGCCUGCACCUGUGACUGUGAGUCUGCUGAUUCGCCGACGCGCACGCCCGCUGUCAUCCCACCUGCCCCGCCGACCGCGCUGCCACCGCCACCGCCCCCUCAAGGUCACCAUCUGAACUGCAUGCCAGAAUGCCCCUACCACAGAGCCCUGGGCUUUGAAUCUGGAUCUGUGACAUCAGACCAGAUCAGCUGCUCCAAUCAGGACCAGUACAGUGGCUGGUACUCCUCCUGGAUCCCCAACAAGGCUCGCCUUAACAACCAGGGCUUUGGGUGUGCGUGGCUGUCCAAGUUCAACGACCAGUACCAGUGGAUCCAGAUUGAUCUGAAGGAGGUGGGGGUGGUGUCUGGUAUCCUCACCCAGGGCCGCUGUGAUGCCGAUGAGUGGAUCACUAAAUACAGCAUCCAGUAUCGUACUGUGGAAACUCUCAACUGGAUCUAUUACAAAGACCAGACAGGAAACAACAGGGUUUUCUAUGGGAACUCCGACCGCUCCUCCACGGUGCAGAACCUGCUGCGCCCGCCUAUUGUGGCUCGAUACAUCCGCCUGCUGCCACUGGGCUGGCACACCCGCAUCGCAGUGAGGAUGGACCUGUUGAUGUGCAUGAACAAGUGCACCUGAAGUGUACUCAGCCUGCUUCUUCCUCACCGUCCAUCCUUCCCCUGCCAACCUGCCGCUUGCCAAAAGGGGGACAUUGGUCCAGCUUUUUGAUACGACCUUCAUUUCUUUAACAUGUCUGUCUUUCUUCGGUGCGGCUCAAAGCAAACUAAGUCUGGGCAGGUGGACAUGUUUGGUGUCCUUUGAUGCACUAUUUUAUCUGUCUUAAAAUCUCUAUAAUUUCAUUGUUUUAAUAUAUAAAUCCUAGAUUGGACAACUUUUUCAAUGCAUACAGGGGAUUCCAGUUGAGGAGAACUUUUGGAUGCCUCUGUUCUUCAAUAAAGCUACAGGAAUAAAAUACAAAGAUUUGAUCACUUAUUAAUAAACAUCUUUGAACCAGAAUCAAACACUACUUUACAAAAAAAAAAGAAAAAAAGAUUUUACAGGUUAAGAGUCAAAUCAAA